UUUUAUUUUCAUUCCAAAUAAUCAAUCAAUUUAUGACGGUAACUCCUCCUUCCUCAGAUCCCAAUUUACAUUACAACUUGACACCCUAAUCCCAUCCAUCCUCUUCCUCCCCGAUCGCCGAUCCCAUUGAUUUCCCCUUCUCCUCUAACAUGGCUUGCAUCAAGGGGGUGGGCAGAUCCGCCUCCGUCGCGCUGGCGCCCGACGCUCCUUACAUGGCCGCCGGAACCAUGGCCGGGGCCGUGGAUCUCUCCUUUAGUUCUUCCGCCAAUCUCGAGAUCUUCAAGCUCGACUUUCAGUCUGACGAUCGCGACUUGACGCUCGUUGGGGAAAGCCCCAGCUCCGAGCGCUUCAAUAGACUAGCGUGGGGAAGAAAUGGAUCUGGAUCCGAGGAAUUCUCCCUCGGUCUUAUUGCAGGCGGCCUCGUCGAUGGAAAUAUAGAUCUAUGGAACCCGCUUUCUUUGAUCGGUUCACAGCCCAGUGAAAAUGCACUCGUUGGACAUCUCUCAGUUCACAAAGGGCCCGUUCGUGGUCUUGAGUUUAAUACUAUCACCCCAAAUCUACUUGCUUCCGGGGCUGAUGACGGUGAAAUUUGCAUUUGGGAUUUAGCAAAGCCCUCAGAGCCUUCUCAUUUUCCACUUCUGAAGGGUAGUGGUUCUGCUACGCAAGGUGAAAUCUCCUUUAUAUCGUGGAAUAGAAAAGUUCAACAGAUAUUAGCAUCUACCUCAUACAAUGGGACUACUGUAAUAUGGGACUUGAGGAAGCAGAAGCCUAUAAUUAACUUUGCAGAUUCUGUUCGACGCCGGUGCUCUGUUUUACAGUGGAACCCUGACAUUGCUACUCAGAUAAUGGUUGCAUCAGAUGACGACACUUCACCUACUCUGAAGCUCUGGGACAUGAGGAAUACGAUGUCACCUGUGCGCGAGUUUACUGGACACCAAAGAGGUGUGAUUGCAAUGGAAUGGUGUCCAAGUGAUAGCACAUAUCUUCUUACCUGUGCUAAGGACAACCGAACUAUUUGCUGGGACACUAAUACGGCAGAGAUUGUGGCCGAGUUGCCUGCUGGCAACAAUUGGAAUUUUGAUGUUCAUUGGUACCCAAAGAUACCUGGAGUUAUAUCAGCAUCUUCAUUUGAUGGGAAAAUUGGCAUCUAUAACAUCGAGGGUUGCAGUCGCUAUAGUGCUGAAGAGAAUACUUUUGCUACUGCUCCUUUAAAAGCACCAAAAUGGUACAAGCGUCCGGUUGGUGCAUCUUUUGGAUUUGGGGGAAAGCUUGUAUCUUUUCACGCAAAGGCCCCUCCAAAGGGAGCAUCGAUCAUUCCCUCUGAGGUUUUCUUGCACAGCCUGGUAACAGAACAGAGUUUGGUGAGUCGAACUUCUGAAUUUGAAGCCGCUAUAGAAAAUGGAGAUAAGACUUCUCUAAGGGGUUUGUGUGAGAAGAAAUCUGAAGAGACUGAAUCCGAAGAGGAGAAGGAGACAUGGGGCUUGCUGAAAAUUAUGUUUGAAGAGGAAGGAACUACAAGGACAAAGUUGAUCAGCCAUCUUGGCUUUAGUUUACCUUCUGAGGAGAAGGAGCAGGCAGUAAAUGGGCUCUCAUCAGAUCUGAAUGGCAUUGGAUUAGAGGAUACUGCGGCGCUUGCACCAGAGCCUGAGGAAAGUAACGAGGCAGCUGCAUUUGCUAUGGACAAUGGAGAAGACUUCUUUAACAACUUUCCUGCUAAACCGGAUACACCCGUAUCUGCAUCUGCCAAAGAUUUUAUGCCUCCUGAAACAGAUUUUGCUGCCAAAGUAGAUGAAACUCAAGAAACGCCAGAAGAAGAGGAAGAAAGUUCUGACCCAGUGUUUGAUGAUGCCAUCCAGCGUGCGUUAGUUGUUGGUAAUUACAAGGAAGCGGUGGAUCAGUGUAUAUCUGCAAAUAAGAUGGCCGAUGCUUUAGUCAUUGCUCAUGUUGGUGGUACAGCAUUGUGGGAGAGUACUCGUGAGAGAUAUUGGAAGACGAGCAGUGCACCUUACAUGAAGGUUGUUUCUGCGAUGGUGAACAAUGAUCUCACGAGCCUUAUCUAUACAAGGUCACAUAAGUUCUGGAAAGAAACUCUUGCUCUCCUCUGUACUUUUGCACAAGGAGAACAAUGGGCCAGCCUGUGCGAUGUCCUUGCCUCAAAACUGAUGGCUGCUGGUAACACUUUGGCUGCAGUUCUGUGCUACAUUUGCGCAGGCAAUGUUGACAGAACAGUAGAAAUUUGGUCAAGGAGCCUUGCAAAUGAGCGUGAUGGAAGAUCUUACGCUGAGCUUCUUCAAGAUCUCAUGGAGAAGACUCUUGUCCUUGCUUUGGCAACUGGCAACAAAAGGUUCAGCGCAUCUCUAUGUAAACUCUUUGAGAGUUAUGCUGAAAUAUUGGCCAGCCAAGGGCUUCUUACGACGGCAAUGAAGUACUUGAGAGUUCUCGAUUCUGGUGGCUUGUCACCUGAACUUUCUAUUUUACGUGAUCGUAUUUCUCUCUCUGCAGAACCUGAGACUAACGUUGUAGCUGCAGGCAAUACUCAGGUGCAAAGCACCAUGCCAUAUAAUCAGGAGCCAAUUCAGGCGCAACCAAACGUUCUUAGUAACCCAUACGACAAUCAAUAUCAACAACAAUACACUGAAUCGUAUGGUGGAGGAUAUGCCCCUUCAGCUUCACAUCCAGCCAUGCAGCCAGCAUCGAUGUUUAUGCCUCACCAAGCCUCGCAGCCAUCUUAUCCUCCAGCUCCUGCAAGCAAUGCUCAGCCAUCCAUGAGAACUACUUUUGUUCCUUCAACUCCUCCUGCACUGAAGAACGCAGAACAAUAUCAGCAGCCAAACAUUGGUUCCCAUUCAUUCGCCCUAAGUCAUCAGGGGCCAUCUAACAAUGCAUACCCUGUUCCACCCGGCCCUGGUUCAUAUGUAUCUUCUGGCCCUUCAUCACAAGUUGGGCAAUAUCCUAAUCCCAAGAUGCCCCAAGUCGUUGCGCCAGGAGCUGGACCCAUAGGAUUCACGCCCAUGGCAACUCCAGGAGUUGUUCCAAGAUCUGCAGUAGGUUCAGUGCAACCAGCAAGUCCUCCAACACAGCAGGCAGCUGCGCAGGCAGCACCUACUCCUGCAGCUCCGCCAGCAACUGUUCAGACUGCAGAUACUUCCAACGUCCCAGCCCACCAGAAGCCUGUGAUAGCAACGUUGACGAGGCUUUUCAACGAGACAUCGGAAGCCCUGGGAGGUGCACGUGCAAAUCCUGCCAAGAAGCGUGAGAUAGAAGACAACUCAAGAAAAUUAGGUGCUCUGUUUGUGAAACUCAAUAGCGGAGACAUCUCCAAGAAUGCUGCCGACAAACUCGCACAGCUCUGCCAAGCUCUGGACAGCCAUGACUUCAGCGCAGCCCUGCAGAUACAGGUACUUCUGACGACUAGCGAAUGGGACGAAUGCAACUUCUGGCUGGCAACACUAAAGCGGAUGAUCAAGGCCAGGCAAAAUGUGCGGUGAUUUUUUCUUUUUCUGGGUUGAGCAAAUUAUAUAAAAUCCACAGGAGAGACGUGUAUCAGACUCCUUUUGCUUUCUUAAUUUUUGUUUUGUUGAAAACUUUUUUUUUUUUUUUUACUUACGAACGCAGCUGCAUCAAAUUACCCAUUUGUUUAGAUAAGAUAGAUCAGAUUGCUUGACACUCUCAUCAUGUUUCUGAUGUUACCUUGCCGGAGACGAGUUUGUUUGUCCCUCUUCUCUUUCUACGAGUUUUUGGUAGGCUUACUUGUGUGAUUUGUUGUUGUUUUAUUAAUGAUGACGAUGAAAUUUGAUGACAUGAAUGAAAAAAGUAAUGAAAUGUCAAGGCUAACAACGACUGAGAAGAGUUGUAACAGGGGCGUUUAGCGCUGAGUACACUUGAAAAUGAUUUGCCCGAGAAGCGCGCCUACGGCUUCGUACUCUGCGAAGGCCUUGUUGUCGAUCUUGCACCUCUGAAAUUCAGGGAAGAACAACAGGACCCCAGUGGCGAAGACGAAUAGGACGGUGAAAGUCCGAGCUAGGGGCGUAGGAAAUCUCCACCUUCUGUUGACGGCCUUCUUGAGGGCGAUCUCAGCCAUGGUGCAGAGUCCGUGUAGGAGGAAGAACGACAUCAUCCCCCAGGAGGGCCUGAGCCUCCCCAUGUAGAAGAAUAUGAGCUCGUGCAUUAUCCCGGAUACCACGAACGUUGCGAACGCUGCUGGAGCCGAUGCCCACUUCCUAGGGAGCACCGAGCACCGCAGCACCGGCUCGUACACGGUCGGGCGCAGGAUCUCGCUGACCACCAGGUUCCAUCGUUUGCCCCAGAAAUCCUGAAGCGAGGUGGCCAGGUAAGGCUCGUUGAAAUGAGGCUCCAGCUCAAGGCUGGACGUGGCUCGAACCAGGGAGGCGGUGACGGCUAGGAGAAGGUCGAGGGAGAAAUACAUGUUGAAGCCGUAGAGCAAAAGCACGGCUUUGUCCGGGAGGAGGUGGAUGUAAUGGAAUGAUUGGAUGAGGAGAAGCAGAAGGAGUGCCUUGAGUGCAUAGAACAGAGGACCCUCUCUGCUGCUCUGCUGCUGCUUCGGAACAUCAAGCUGCUGAACCUUGAUUGGGAAGCAGGAGACGAGCAGGAAGAUAGGGAGAGAGAGAGUAGAGGAGAGAGGACCCUUUCCAAAUGCGAAUAGAGAGAUCUUGAAAUUGGCGAGCCAAGAGAUGAAGAAACCAGUGGUCCCGAUCAUAUGCACAGUGGUUAGGUGGAGGGGAACCAAUAAGAAAAGGAGCAUCACUGGAGCCAUCAGAAACAGCCUCUUUACUCCCUUGUCCACCAAUCUUCCAACACCGAAGCAGUAACACAAGGACACCAUCACCAAACCCCACGCCUCUGUCAACUUCUUCGCUUCAUGCCUCAACACCACCACCAUCUCUGCUGUAGAAGGGAGUAACAAUCAGAAUCUCGUUUCUUGAUUGAUCUCUUCUCUGUUCAAGGGCGAGAUCUAGAUUUGGCCAUCAAAUUCAAUAUUUGAUAUUUCUAUUCUCCAC